UAAAUUAUUUUCAGAAUUUCAGAAAUUGAAAAGGGAUAAGAGGAAGGAGAAAAUGCUGGGCUGGUGCGAAGCGAUAGCCCGUAACCCUCACAGAAUCCCAAACAACACGCGAACUCCCGAGAUCUCAGGGGAUUUGACUGAUGCCUCACAAACCUCCACAUUGAAUGAAAAGUCCCCAGGACGAUCUGCAAGUCGAUCAAGUAAUAUCUCAAAAGCAAGCAGCACGACCACAGGGACAGCUCCCAGGAGCCAGUCAAGAUUGUCUGUCUGUCCAUCCACUCAGGACAUUUGCAGGAUCUGCCACUGCGAAGGCGAUGAAGAGAGCCCCCUCAUCACACCCUGUCGCUGCACGGGCACCCUGCGCUUCGUCCACCAGUCCUGCCUCCACCAGUGGAUCAAGAGCUCAGACACGCGCUGCUGUGAGCUCUGCAAGUAUGACUUCAUAAUGGAGACCAAGCUCAAGCCCCUUCGGAAGUGGGAGAAACUACAGAUGACCACGAGUGAAAGGAGGAAAAUAUUCUGCUCUGUCACAUUCCACGUCAUCGCCAUCACGUGUGUGGUGUGGUCCUUGUAUGUCUUAAUAGAUCGGACAGCGGAGGAGAUCAGGCAAGGCAAUGACAAUGGUGUCCUAGAAUGGCCAUUCUGGACAAAACUGGUUGUGGUGGCCAUCGGCUUCACAGGAGGUCUCGUCUUCAUGUAUGUACAGUGUAAAGCCUACGUCCAGUUGUGGCGCAGGUUGAAGGCCUACAACCGUGUAAUCUUUGUGCAGAACUGCCCGGACACUGCCAAAAAGCAGGAGAAGAGCUUCUCAUGUAACGUAAACACGGACACCAAGGAUACGGUCGUGGUGCCUGUGUCACAAACGGGUCCAAAUCCCCUGCCCUCCACAGAAGACAGCCCUCCGGAUGUGAUGCCCGUGUGACUGAGGCAACAGAUGGGAAUUCCUCCAAAGAAGAUCUUUCCAAUCCUCGGCCACAACGAAUGACAGAGAUGGUCCUGAACUACUCACUUUCUGUUAUCUUCUCCUCUUUCUCUCACUGACUCGUUUCUCUUAUUUGGCGUAGAAAGGAAAGGAGGAGAAGACACCAAAUGACCAAGACCCCAUGAAACAGAGUCUGAAGUGAUACAGAAACGUGACAAGUGUGCUGAAGAGUAGUCUCUGAAAGGAUUAAAAGUCGUCGGAGCAAAGAAUACUUUCAGGCAACGUACAUCCAUCAGACCAAAUGGGACAUGAGUCUUCAGAGUAGCAGGGGAGAGUUUAAGAAUAAAGACUUGAAUUGCAAUGUGUAUUUCUUCUAAGGACUCGUAAUGUUAUACUAUCUCAUCUGGAAAUAGAAAGCAUAGUUGGUUUUAAGCUUGAAAUUGUCCACAUUGUCCCUCAGGCACAUCAGAAGCACACUCGGAGGAUGCAUCUUUGAUAGUCACACUUUGACAGAGAACAGAAUUUGAUGGCAUUAGUUGUGCAGUCCAGUUGUUUUGACAGAUGCAUGAUUUUAAAAGACACAGUAUACGUUUGAAGAUAUUAAUACUUGGAAUUCUAUUUAAAUGGUGAACAAAAGAUUUUUCAGAUUUUUUUUUUUGGGGGGGGGGUAUUAUUUGGCUGUUAAAUAUCCACAGAAGUUGAAAUCAAGUCUCAGGUUCCAUAUUUUAUCUGGACCCUCUAAAACAGUGUAGUCUAGCAUAAGUGUAAUGUGAACUAUAAUACAAAUGCAGGCUACCUGUGUAAAUUUAAUUUUUUUUUUUUUAGCAGCCCCACUGUAAGCUUCUAAAAGAAACAGAUGGAAUUAAUUUUGAGAAUGUCUUUUAUUUGACCCUAUAUAUUUAAGUUAUUUCAACAUAUUGUCAAUAUUAAAAAUUAGUGACUCUGGCUGGAUAGCUUAACUGGUUAAAGCAUGGUCCUAUGGGUUUGAUCCCUGUUCAGGGCACAUUCAAGAAUAGACCAAUGAAUGCAUAAAUAAUUGGAACAACAAAUUGAUGUUUUUCUCUCUCAAUAAAAAAUUAUUGAGGUAGUUUAGUUCUUUUUAUGAAGCAAGUCUUUUAAAUUCAGUAUGUAUUUUAUCCUUACAGCAUAUCUCAAUUUGAAUUAACCAUAUUGGCUUAGCACAACCCUAAACUUGGAGACUGAGCCUCUGAUUCAUUCAACAGUUGAAUACUUCAAAAUAGCAGCUUAAUUCACUCUUUCACUCAAAGUCUCAACAAAUGUUAUAAUUUUACAAAGCACUAAAUUAAUCAAAUUAAACAGGCUGGUUGAAAAGUUAGAUGAAGUUACUAAAGAAUGAAAAAACGAAAGGAUAGAAAGAUAUAGCAAUCUGCUUGGGGCAAGGUUCUGAAAGUAACUUAUUUGCUAUGAUGAAGCACUUCUGAAAAGGAAAAUAACAAUUAAAUAUUUUGUUAUUAAGUCAAAUACAUAAGGCUUUUU